AUGUAUUUUUUAGCUCCUGAAACAGAGCUCAUUUCUGGUGGAUCUGAUAAACAACUUAUUCUUUGGGAAUGCAAUGGUACAGGAGCAUGGACUAGUCAGGCUGUGAAAAGCAUUCCUCUCAAAGGCCACACGGAAGCUGUUUGUGCUGUGGAUGCUGUCUACCAGUCAGAUGAACCUGGUUUAAACCUGCUAAUAGCUUCUGCAGCUUCUGACUCUACUGUGAGAGUCUGGUCUCGGUGUGGUCCAGAAGCUAAAUGCAUUGAAAUUCUGCAGUUUGGAAAUGGAUUUGUUAUGGAUGUCUGCUUAUCCUUCUUGCCUGGCAGCAAUGUACCAGUACUGGGUGGUGAUGACUGCAAAAUAAGUUUGUUUAUACAGCAGAAUGAUCAGUUUCAGAAAGCAUUGAUACUCUCUGGCCAUGAAGAUUGGAUCAGAGGCGUUGAGUGGGCAGUCUGUGGUGAAGACCUUUUCUUAGCAAGCUGUGCUCAGGAUUGUUUGAUAAGAAUUUGGAAAGUGUGUACAAAAUCAAAGCAACUUCCAGAAACUGAAGAUAAUUCCUUAAGACUGAAAGAGAAUAUUUUUACUGUCAAAGAUACUGAUACAUCAUACGCAGUUACUCUGGAGUCGGUGUUGGCUGGUCAUGAAAACUGGGUGUAUGCAGUUCACUGGCAACCUUCCAUUUCCAAAGAUGGCAGCAUGCAACAGCCAAUGAGGAUAUUAUCUGCAUCAAUGGACAAAACUAUGAUCAUCUGGGAACCCGAUAAAGAAUCUGGAGUUUGGCUAGAACAGGUGCGGGUAGGUGAAGUGGGUGGCAACACCCUUGGAUUUUUUGACGGCCAGUUUAGUCCAGAUGGUUCAAUGAUCGUUGCUCAUGCUUUUCAUGGGGCACUACACCUUUGGAAACAGGCUACAGUUAAUAAGAAAGAAUGGACUCCAGAAGUUGUGAUUUCAGGACAUUUUAACAGUGUUGAGGAUGUAAAGUGGGAUCCAGAAGGAGAAUUUAUCAUCAGUGUUGGCUCUGAUCAAACUACUAGACUCUUUGCUCCAUGGAAAAGAAAAGAAGCAACAGAG